GAUGCACACGCCAUUACAAUUCUUUUCCUAUAUAUAUUCCCAAACACUUAGUUCCUUUUAGGCGUUGAGCUAUAUUCUUACGCGAACAACUACACAUUCUCAAUAUGUCUACCACCCCUACUCCGCACCAUGCUGGAGCACCAUCACUAGAAUUGAAGCUUGAUCAAAAAAAGAUGGAAAUCAAACCCAAAGACCUCAGCAUCGUGUGGGGCAAAGACAAUCGAUACUGGAGCGUCCCGGAUGAUGGGGCCGCGGCAGAGCUGUACCAGGUGUCGUGGCUGGAGGUGACGGGUUGUGUGAGCAAAACCGAACCGGGUAAGGAGUACGAAGUCGGGUUUCAACUAUCGUUCACGGCCGAUGCAUUCGGGUGGAGCGGCUCUCCGGUUUACAUUUUGGCCAAGAGAGGAAAAAACGCGAAAUUCAAAGGGAAAAAGUUCCCCCUCGACACCUCAAAAGAGAGCGAGGAAAUCAAGACCAAGAUUGAUGCAAUCAAUAAUAAUUCAACCACAGAUGAAGCUGAAGAUGCCAAUGCAAAAGAGGAGAAUUCAAAGGUUUGUUUUGGUUUGUAUGAAGUUUGGCGUGGCAAGUGGAAGGGAGGUCUCAAGAUUCAUCAUGCUUUUAUACAUGAAGUCGAUUGAUUAUUUUAUCAUCAUAUGUUAAUAAUUUCAAUGCUCUUCACUACAUUAAUAAAGGAUCAUGAAAUUAUUUAUGUAUACUUGGAAAACUACUUGCUAAUUCAAUAAAAUCUUACUAUUUCAUUGUGAUCCA